GCACGUUCACCUGCCUGGCCACCCACCUCAUUUUUCUCUUCAAGGUCUCCUCCCUCACCCCCUCUUCGCUCGCUCAACAUACAACAUCUUGCGCGUUCAAAAAUACCAUGUCUAUCGUCACCAUCCGUAACGUAGAGUUCCUCAACAACCCUGCUCGUUUUUUGGAUCCAUACCGCUUCCGCGUCACAUUUGAGUGCAUAGCGUCACUUCCAGAAGACCUUGAAUGGCGCCUGAUCUACGUCUCCUCUCCGGGUAAUGAAGAACUCGACCAGGAGCUCGACGACUGCCUCGUCGGACCCGUUCCCGUCGGCGUGAACGCGUUCGACUUCGAGGGCUCCGCGCCGAACCCGUCCAAGAUUCCGCCCGAGGACGUGCUCGGCGUGGCCGCGCUCAUCUUAACGGGCUCGUACAAGGAGCAAGAGUUCGUCCGCGUAGGAUACUACCAGAACACGGAGUACGACAACGAGGAGAUGAAGGAGCAGAUGCCGGAUCCGAUUCGGUUUGAUAGGCUAGUAAGGGACAUCAACUCCAAGCCGCGGGUGACGAGGUUCCAGAUAAAAUGGGACAUUGUGCAGCAACAACCAGGACAAGCGGUGUCAGUAGGCGCCGCGACGUCUGCCGCGGUGCCCUCAGCGAACGAUCUCGACGUCGAUAUGGACGCAGAGCCCAACGUUGCUAAUGGAUCGGCAUCAUGACACAUCACCAGUACCCAUCACGCCGCUCACGAUGCCUAUGGAUUGACAAAGGAAAGAUAUCGAUAUCGAUAGGCUAUAUACCACGCUUCCGUGCUAUUUAACUGCUUCAUCCUGUUGAGGCUUACUGGUUAUACGUCGUACUACACUGUAAUGCACCCUUGCUUUGACUUAGCAGCUAUGCAUACGUGCUGCCGAUGGGAACAAUUCUGCGACG